AUGAUACGAUCUAUCCAGUCUUAGUGCAUGUUAGUGUAGCGCCCAGGAUGUCCGAGCUAUAUAUUCAUUGCGUUCUGUCCCCAUUCAUAGUCGUGCGUCUAUUCUCGAGACGGGCAGCCAAGCAAGUUGCAUAUGUGCUUCAAGCUUUUGCAUGCGCUAUCGCACACUUGAAGGGCCGCUCCCCGCAAUCAUGUAAUGCAUCGAUUCUUAGCUGCACAAGUUAGCAUGACUGCAGCGGUGGGCAUGGGCGGGAGAACCGUGAAUAGAGACAGCAUUUUAGGCAGUGAUGCCGCUGACCGUCUGGCAUCUGGUGUCGACCGCUGGAGUCGCCGCCGCCGCAGCGUCCGCCGGACGAACAUCGGAUGGGCGGGCAGUCGGGGCCGCCGGGCCGACUGCGGCGCGCGUCUCGAUCGACUCUUGCGUCCGCCGUCGACUGACGUCGACUCGGACGACCUGUGUAGUUGGCGGUGUAGUGGCAAGUGCAACCUGCGACUGGCUGCCGCCUGCCUACGCACAGGCCUCAGACUCUCUACCACUGCGUCAGAAACUGGGUGCGACGCCCUCAAUUCCUCAAUUUGCGCUCGAACCCUCAAGCACGCCCCGCUGGUUCUCCAUCCGUUCCGUUGCCGCUCCCUCGUCUGCGCCGAGAGAAUCUCAAGCAAUCCGAGGCCUGACGAUGUGCUCGCUGCUGUGAUCAUCUUCACCGCCCGUCAGGCAUGGACCCCAGGUGUCUCGAGUCAACAUGUACAAGAUACGAAAGCUCUAGGUACGUCUUCGCAUAGUACGUACUGCAAUCCUGUUGCGUUUCCUUCAUCGUUAUUGGGUCUGCGAAUACUCGUAUCAAACGGGCACGGAUGCAUCGAGUUCUUCGUGGCUCCUAGAUAUCGCUGCUCGUAUGACCCUCAUCGACUGUGGACUGUAGAGGCACACGUUUGCACCGAUACCUGCAUACUGCAUGCACGUCGUUAAUCACGUCGUUUUUCAACGGGACACUUGUGUUAGCUGGGCGUCGUAGCAUCACGGGUACGACAGGUCGAGGGGUAUCAAUAGACCUUGGUGCUGGGACAGGACAUGUCGCAGAGCAUCGUGUAGCAGGCGAACUUAUCGACGGAUGGAAGUUCUACAUAUGUGAGAUGCA